AUGAAUCUCGGUUUUCACUACACAGUACAGAUGGCAGACAACGUGUAUGAUCUCGUGUGGUCACAGAGAAGACUACCAGUCAUUUGGGUGAAAUUUAUUGUUCCUGUGAUUUGUUGCAUCUUUGAAGAAAAAAAAAUACAGACAGAUUUUGAAAUGUCUCCUCCAGUGGUUACACAUGGCAUGUGCUUAAAAAUCAUAAACGACCGCAACAUGAAAGGUGGCAUGGGCUCUGAAACAAAUCCUUUGAAGUUCAUGGAUCAGGACUACGACUUUUUACAAGACUACUGUCUCAAGACAAGACAGAGAUUUGUUGAUGAGUUUUUCCCACCAGAUCCCCGUUCCAUUGGUGAAGGGCUGCUGGAUCCAGAUGUCAUGGCCAGGGUGGAGUGGAAAAGACCAACGGUAUUGUAUCCAAAUGUGGCUGAAUUUAUUGUAGAGACCGUGUCCAGGUUUGACUAUGCCCAAGGGAAUGUAGGAAACUGUUGGUUUCUGGCCUCUGUUGGGGCUCUGACAUUUCAAACCAAGUUAUUACAUAAGGUCAUUCCAGAUGGACAAUCAUUUAACCACAAUUAUACUGGAUUAUUUCACUUCAGGUUCUGGCGGUUUGGAAAAUGGUAUGACGUUGUGAUUGAUGACAAGCUGCCAACAUACAAUGGCAAGCUGAUUUUUGUGAGAUCAAAAACGUAUAAUGAGUUCUGGCCUGCCUUGCUGGAGAAAGCGUAUGCCAAGGUGUGCGGCUCCUAUGCUGACAUGCAUACUGGUCGAGUAUCUGAGGCCCUCUUGGACUUUACCGGUGGGGUUCAUAUGCACUAUGAACUGAAAACAGCUCCUACUGAUUUGUGGGAGAUAAUGUUAAGGGCUUACCAGUCAGAGGCCAUUAUGGGCUGUGAAACUCCACCAGGGAAUGAGAACCGGUUACCAAAUGGCAUAGUCCUGGGUCAUGCUUACACUGUGACAAAGGUUUAUCAGGUCAUGAGUGGUAGAGACCCAGUUCAGCUGGUUAGAUUGUUCAUCCCAUGGGGAGACAGUGAGUGGAAUGGAGACUGGAGUGACAAAUCACCUUUGUGGAACACAGUGAGCGAUGAGGACCGCAAACAACUCCUUGUGCAUGAAAAUAGAGAGUUCUGGAUGUCAAUGAAAGAUUUCCUUAAAACAUUUGACAACAUGGAUAUCUGCUGUACCUCUCCUGAUUUUCUGGAAGAGCAGUCUGCUUGUCACUGGACUUCCAAACACCACCAUGGGAGCUGGGUUACUGGGAGCACAGCUGGAGGCUGCAUGAAUCAUCCAGACACCUUCUGUAAAAACCCCCAGUUUUGGUUGAGGAUUAGUGAGCUUGAUAAAGCCUGUGAACAGGGUCAGAAGAAUGUUCUGGUGUCCCUCAUACAGAAACCUGACAAGAGACACAGACGACACGCUGCACACCAUGGCAUCGGCUUCUGUGUGUUUGCAAUUCCACCCGAGAUGAGAUCUGAGGGAAAGUUUGGAUCAAGCUUUUUCUCUACAAGAAAGCCUGUGGUAACAAGCGGGCACUUUCAGGAUGCAAGACAGGUGAUGAAAUUCUUUAGGCUGGAGCCAGGAGAGUAUCUCAUCGUACCGUCCACAUACUAUCCCAAUAAGAGUGGAGAAUUCAUUCUGUCUAUUCUCUGCAAAAAUGAGAUCCACAUUCAAAAGGACACAGAAAAAAUGGAGAAAGAUUUUCUUGUGGAUCUUUUAGGCAGCUCUGAGACACUUUGCAAUGAGGAAGUGGAUGAAAGAUCAAAAACUAAAACUUUGUUUCGACAAUAUUCUGAUCAGUACAAAGUUGUUGAUGCUGAGAAACUUCAACAGCUUCUUCAUGAAAACCUACUUAGAGGUAAUAAAAACACUGAAGGAUUUGGCCUGGAAUCAUGUAGAAGUAUAAUUGCUAUGUUUGAUUUCAACGUUACUGGAAGACUUUGUGGACCAGAAUUCAUUCGUCUAUGGAACCGUAUCAUGACGUACAAGGAUAUCUUCUACAGCAUGGAUUCUUCCAAAGAUGGCGUUCUGUCUUUAAAUGAACUGCAAAAUGCAUUAGAGAAAACAGGCCUGCAUCUAAAUGAAGAUAUCCUGAAUCUCAUGUUUGUGCGGUAUGGUGGUGCUUCUGAACGGAUUUCCCUGGAGGGUUUCAUCUGCCUUGUCAUGCGUUUGAAUUGCAUGGCCAGAGUAUUCCAGAGACUGUGUGAAAAUGGAAAGAUAACUCUUGAUGAGAGUGAGUGGAUAGGUCUCACAAUGUACUAAUGAAGGAAUGUAUGCUUGCCAGGAGGUUUGCCAACAAACUCAAGAAGCAGUGAUAUUAGUCUGGUGAUCAAAAACCACUGAUUUAGGCAAUCUAAACAUUUUUAAUUUAAUUUAUUUUUCUAUAUCAAACUAUAUUUAUAUAUGGAUUUCUCAUUUUCCUUUAAGGUCCUAUAGAGGUGCCCCCAGAACCAUGAAAAAAGUUUUUCAAAAUAGAUAUUUUUAUGAGUAAUAUUUUUUACUUAAAUAUGCAAAUUGAAUAUUUUUAUACAUUUUAAAUUAUUUUGUAAAUAAAUUAAUAAAUCAAGUCAUACUUUCUAAUGCCGCCCCCAAACUCAUUUGUGUAAGAAGUUGGAGCAUGACAAAUCUGCGGGUAAUAGCCUAUGGUUGCCUACAUACUGCUUGGUUGCCUGUUGUAUGGCCUGAAUGGAUAUCCAACAUUUUUACAAUGUACAGCAACUGCAGAGAAAUCAAAAUCAAAACAAAAAGAUAAUCGGUAAUGCUUUAGAUUACAACCCGCAAAGAACUACGUAAGUAAACUGAAUUUACGGUGUAUGUUUCUGUAAUUAUAGUGUACCUAUAAAGAACGUACAUGUAGGUAUAAGGGAACAAAAUGUUAUAUUUGGGUAAUAAGGGGAUAACAAACCAGAUAUUCAACCUGCAAAGAACUACAUAAGUAUACUGAAUUUACGGUGUACGUUUCUGUAAUUAUAGUGUACCUAUUAGUACGUAUGUGUAGGUAUAAGAGAACAAUAGGCUAUGUUACGUAAUAGGGAACACUCUGUUAAACCACCUGAUGUAUGCAGACGAUUUAGCUAUUAUGUCCCCCAGCAGUGUUGGGUUCCAGCAGUUGUUGGAUAUAUGCUCCAGGUAUGGGGUUGAGUUUGAUGUACAGUACAAUGCAAAGAAGAGUUUUGUGUUGGUUUGUAAGACUAAGGAAGAUCAGAAGUUGCACUUCCCUAGGUUUUACCUGUCUGGACAUUGUAUCUGUGUAUCUAACUGUAUAAAAUAUCUUGGGCAUAUUAUUACUGACAAGAUGGAAGAUGAUGCUGACAUGUAUAGGCAAAGACGAAUGUUGUAUAUCCAAGCGAACAUGUUAGUCAGGAAAUUUCAUUACUGCUCUGAUGAUGUGAAAGUGCACUUGUUUCGUGCUUAUUGUACUCCUAUGUAUGCAGCCCCAUUAUGGGUCAAUAUCAAAAAGGAGACCAUGCGCAAACUGCAGGUAGCAUAUAAUGAUUGUCUGAGGAUACUAUUGAAGAAGCCCAGGAGCAGCAGUGCAAGUAAGCUUUUUUUGUGACUUGAGGCUAAGCUGUUUACAGGCCCGUUUGAGGAACAUAAUGUAUAAGUUUAUGUGUCGACUUGAUGAGUCACAAAACUGUAUUAUAGUAAGGCUCACAAGUCCCAGGUGUAGUUCGGUCCGAUAUCAAUCACAUCUAUGGAAGCAUUUGUAUGAGUGCCUUUUAAGACUCUUGUGAAAAAGGGUGUAUUUUAUAUGUUUAUGUAACUGUUUUUUUUUUUUUUUUUUGUAUAUGUUGUAUGUCCUGCUAUUGGGCCUAGGGCCUGUAAUAAAGAGGAAGUGUAGUCAUGAUAACAUUAUGUAGACCUAUUCUUGGAAACGAGCUGGCAACAGAAAUCACACAGAACAGAAUGAAAUGUUAUAAUUUCAUAUUAAGUAAACGUUAAAUGUUUAGAUGAUGUAAAUAUGUCAGUAUUGUACAUUUAAUGUUUGUAAAAAUGUAAAUAAAUGUACAUUUUGUAGAACCACAUUUUACGUCGCGUGGUUAUAUGUAUUGAACCUACCCUGUAACUUCGUUGAACAAGAGGGGAACAAUCGCCACUUUAAUUUACAGCCCGCAGAGGGCACAAUUACCCUGUAACUACAUGGAACAAGAGUAUAUUUUCCCAGUAAUUUUAAAAAGCUUACGUAUAGAUACACCAAACGUACGAUUUAAUAGAACAGGUACCUGUUAAGUUUUUUUAAAUUAAUCCAUUAUAAAUGAUUUGUAGGAUAUCUGUUUGCUACCCCCUUAUUACCCAAACAUAACCUAUUGUUCCCUUAUACUUACACGUAGGUACAAUAUAAAUACGAAACAUUCACCGUAACUUUAGUUUACUUACGCAGUUCUUUGCAGGUUGUAUAUCUGGUUGUUACUCUCUAUUACCAAAACGUAACAUAUUGU